UCUUUCCCGGCAAAGCAGCGGCGGCCGGGCCACUGGGCUGCCGGGUCCCGGCCGAUCGGCGUCGCCUGCGGCUGCUGCUGCGCCCUGCGCUCCUUCCCCGGCGCGCGAUGGAGGCGCUGCCUUCCCGGGACGAGAAGCGCAACCCUUUGCGCGGUGCCAACUUCUGCUCGCGGCUUUUCUUCUGGUGGCUGAAUCCUUUAUUUGUUACUGGUCAUAAAAGGAAACUAGAAGAGGAUGAUAUGUUUCAGGUACUCACCGAAGAUUCCUCUAAGGUGCUUGGGGAGGGGUUGCAGUGCAUCCUUCACUCAUGUUUUAUUUUAUAGGUACUGGGACAGAGAAGUGCAAAAGGCAAAGAAGGAAGCGAGGAUGCCACAUUUAACAAAGGCGAUUAUACUUUGCUACUGGAAAUCUUAUCUGCUUCUGGGAUUUUUCACGCUGAUUGAGGAAACGCUCAAAUUAAUCCAGCCUAUAUUUCUGGGAAUGAUUAUUGCUUAUUUUGAAAACAGUGGCUCGGAUGUUGCCUUGAAAUACGCCUAUGCCUCCGCAGCUGCCUUGUCCGUGUGUACGCUGGUUUUGGCCAUCUCUCACCACUUGUAUUUUUAUCACGUACAACGUGCCGGCAUGAAGCUUAGAGUGGCCAUGUGCCACAUGAUUUAUCGCAAGGCACUUCGUCUGAGCAAUGCAGCCAUGACAAAGACUACAACGGGCCAGAUUGUAAAUCUUCUAUCAAAUGAUGUGAAUAAAUUUGAUCAGGUGACUAUUUUUUUGCACUUCUUAUGGGCCGGACCCCUUCAAGCGAUAGCAGUAACGGCGCUUCUUUGGCUUGAAAUUGGCCCCUCCUGUCUUGCGGGAAUGGCUGUUUUAAUUAUUCUGCUUCCUCUGCAAAGCUGCAUUGGGAGGCUGUUCUCAUCGCUGAGGAGCAGAACAGCAGCCUUCACAGAUAUAAGGAUCAGGACCAUGAAUGAAGUCAUCAGUGGAAUGCGGAUAAUUAAGAUGUAUGCUUGGGAAAAGUCAUUCGCUGAUCUUGUGAACAAUAUGAGAAGGAAGGAGAUCUCCAAGGUUCUCAAGAGUUCUUACCUUCGGGGAAUGAACCUGGCAUCUUUCUUCGUUGCCAGCAAAAUCACCGUGUUUAUGACGUUCAUGACUUACGUGUUGCUGGGCAAUCAGAUCUCCGCAAGUCGGGUGUUCGUUGCAGUGUCUCUCUAUGGUGCCGUGAGACUGACAGUUACUCUCUUCUUCCCAGCGGCUGUUGAGAGAGCGUCGGAAGCAAUGGUCAGCAUUCGACGAAUCAAGAACUUUUUGAUCCUUGAUGAGAUUUCUGAGGUCAACCCGCAACUCAAAACUGGCAGUGAAAAUACACUCCUUCAUGUGCAGGAUUUGACCUGUUACUGGGACCAGGCUCUGGAAUUGCCGACACUUCAAAACAUUUCAAUUACUGUCAGACCGGGAGAAUUACUAAUUGUGAUUGGCCCUGUAGGAGCAGGAAAAUCUUCGCUCUUGAGCGCUGUCCUUGGCGAACUGUCUGCAGCCAAAGGUUUCACAGAUGUUCGAGGGAGAAUAGCGUAUGUUUCUCAGCAGCCGUGGGUGUUUUCUGGCACCGUAAGAAGUAACAUCCUCUUCGGAAAAGAAUACCACAAAGAAAAAUACGAAAAGGUUCUCCGAGUUUGUGCUCUCCAGAAAGAUAUGGAGCUGCUGGAAGAUGGAGACCUAACAAUGAUAGGAGAUCGAGGAGCUACACUGAGUGGAGGACAAAAAGCCAGAGUUAAUCUUGCCAGAGCUGUGUAUCAAGAUGCAGAAAUCUACCUCUUGGAUGAUCCCUUGAGUGCUGUGGAUGCAGAAGUUAGCAGGCAUUUGUUUGAAAAGUGUAUCUGUCAAGCUUUACAUAAAAAGGUGACUAUUUUAGUGACCCACCAGUUGCAAUAUCUUCGGUCUGCAAACCAGAUCCUAAUUUUAAAGGAGGGUAAGGAGGUUGGGAAGGGCACUUACUCAGACUUCCUGAGAUCUGGAAUAGAUUUUGCUUCCUUUUUGAAAAAACCUGAAGACGACGACCAGCUACCAGUUCCAGGAACUCCUGGCCACCGGUUAUCCAGGAUCCGAACCUUUUCUCAGUCUUCUAUGUGGUCAAUGGAAUCUUCAGUGCCGUCACAGAAAGAUGGGUCUGCGGAACCUCCCUCUAUGGAACCUGUUCUAACCGCCUUGCCAGAGGAAAGCCGUUCAGAAGGGAAAAUCGGCUUUAGCAUUUAUAAGAAGUAUUUUGCUGCUGGGACAAAUUGUUUUGUAAUUUUUAUUCUUUUGCUCCUCAACAUUUUGGCACAGGUUGCCUAUGUGCUGCAGGACUGGUGGCUUUCUUACUGGGCUAAUGAACAAGUAAAGCUGAAUGUUACUAUGGAGGGGAGCAGUGAAAGCAAUGUGACGAAAACUCUUGACCUUGGCUGGUAUUUAGGAAUGUACGGAGGUUUAACCGUGGCUGCCAUAGUCUUCACCAUAUUGAGGAGUCUCCUUAUGUUCCAAGUUUUGGUUAAUGCUGCUCAGACCUUGCACAACAAAAUGUUUCAGUCCAUUUUGAGAGCUCCGGUGCUAUUUUUUGACGUGAACCCUAUUGGAAGAAUUCUAAAUCGUUUCUCCAAAGAUAUCGGCCACCUGGAUGACUUGCUUCCAUUAACCUUUCUGGACUUUGUGCAGACUUUGCUUCAGAUAUGUGGCGUGGUGGCAGUGGCAAUUGGAGUGAUUCCCUGGAUUCUUGUCCCUUUGAUUCCACUCUUCAUUCUUUUUAUCUUUCUUCGGCGGUAUUUCUUGGAUACAUCGAGAGACAUUAAACGCUUGGAAUCUACAACUCGAAGCCCCGUGUUCUCUCAUUUGUCAUCAUCGCUCCAGGGACUUUGGACUAUUCGUGCUUUUAAAGCAGAGCAAAGAUUCCAAGAAUUAUUUGAUGCUCAUCAAGAUCUUCACACAGAGGCUUGGUUCUUAUUUUUGACGACCUCUCGAUGGUUUGCCGUACGCCUGGAUGCCAUCUGUGCCAUCUUUGUGGUUGUGGUUGCCUUUGCUUCUCUGCUCCUCGCUCAUACUCUAGAUGCGGGGCAGGUUGGUUUAGCUUUGUCCUACUCAAUCACGCUCAUGGGAACGUUUCAGUGGGGAGUUCGGCAAAGCGCUGAAGUCGAGAACCUGAUGAUAUCCGUAGAAAGAGUCCUGGAAUAUACAGAACUUGACAAGGAAGCACCUUGGGAGACAAACAAGCACCCGCCACCGGAUUGGCCAAGCGAAGGUGUUGUUGUGUUUGAAAAUGUGAACUUUGCUUACACCGUAGAUGGUCCUUUGGUACUGAGACAUUUGUCUGCUGUAGUGAAGUCCAAAGAAAAGGUUGGAAUUGUGGGGAGAACAGGAGCUGGAAAGAGCUCUUUAAUAGCUGCUCUUUUCCGGUUGGCUGAGCCCCAAGGAAGAAUUUGGAUUGAUAAGUAUUUGACAUCAGAACUAGGACUUCAUGACUUGAGGAAGAAAAUUUCAAUCAUACCUCAGGAGCCAGUUUUGUUCACUGGGACCAUGAGAAAAAACUUGGACCCUUUUGACGAAUAUAGCGAUGAAGAGCUGUGGAAUUCCUUGGAAGAGGUCCAGCUCAAGGAGGCUAUAGAAGAACUACCUGACAAACUGGAAACACAACUGGCAGAAUCUGGAUCUAAUUUUAGUGUUGGCCAGAGGCAACUGGUGUGCCUUGCCAGGGCUAUUCUGAAGAAGAAUAAAAUAUUGAUUAUUGAUGAAGCAACAGCAAAUGUGGACCCAAGGACGGACGAGUUGAUUCAGAAGACAAUCCGUGAAAAGUUUGCCCAAUGCACCGUGUUGACCAUUGCCCACAGACUGAACACAAUCAUCGACAGUGACAGGAUUAUGGUUUUGGAUUCAGGACGUCUGAAAGAAUAUGAUGAGCCGUACAUUUUGCUCCAAGAAAAGGAGAGCCUGUUUUACAAGAUGGUUCAACAAGUGGGCAAGGCCGAAGCGGCAUCCAUAAUGGAAACAGCAAAACAGGUUUAUUUUAAGAAGAAGUACCCUGAAGUUAUUCCAAACGGCCAAGCAGCCACCAACUCAUCAGCCGAUGAUUCACAAGGAUUAAUUAUUUUUGAGACUGCACUAUGAUCCCAAGCAAUUAUGGGUGCUGGAUUUUGUUUUUUAGCAGAAUGCAAUGCUAAUACGAUGUAAACCAAAUAUUGCUCUUAAUUGAAAAGACUGUUUUUGCACUGAAUAGCUACUUGUUAUAUUUUGGGGGAGGGGGAGUUUUGUAUUACUCCUGUUCCUUGCAUUUGAAUGUAAUGCAGUUCAACAUUUUUAAAAAAGACAGUACAUUUUGAAUCUCUCUUUGUAACUGCUUGAUCCUGUGGAAUUAGCAGCAGAAGAUUGCCCCAGAAUAUGUAUAGCCAUAUUCUAUGCUGGGCAACCGAGACCCGGGAAAUCCUGAUUUUUCUCAACUCCCAUAAAAGUGCCUUGACGCCAGGAGUUCUGCACAGAAAGAUUUCACUCCUGAUCGUAUCUCCUGAAUUCGUAGGUUGCUACAUAAAGAUGCUCUUGAUACAGUGGUGCUGUGCUGGAAAGAAUGGCGCUGUUGUGGCAAUGCUUAAGUUUUCUCCUGCAUGAGCAUUACUUUCAGUCAGGGUUAGAGCUCUGACCAGAGGCCGCCUGUGGCAUCACUGCACUGGCAGAAGUCCCUUUAAACGUGAACCUGUCAUUUCAGAGUGUAGUCGAAUGCUGCAAAGAAGGUCUUGCGCCAUUUGUAGCACAUUGAAACAGAACGCAGUGGGCCAGCUGUUCAUGCCCUCCUAAGAAUCUGGUGGGCUGCACUUGGCUCGAUGGGUCACAAAUCAUACAGGCCUUCUAUACAGAAAUGAAGCACACAAAUACAUACACUGUUUGCUUGUUUACUACUGUAGAUACCUUUGAACCACCGGUGCAGGACACCUCCUGCUUUGAAAUAUCUCAGGUUGGAAAUAAAGAAUGUAUUUUUUUUUAGCUUUGCAUAUCGAAGGAAGGCAAAUGAAGAUGUUCUACUUGGCCUAACAAAUGCGUAUUUGCAAAUCCUUAGCUGCAUCCAUUUUAUACCAGACCAAAGUUAUUUCUCUGGAGGCGAGUUCUCUGCUCCCUUAUCUUUUAAAUUUGUUUUAAGUGGGCAAUGAUAUCCCAAACAGAAAUGCAACACAAACAGUUGGCAGUUUUCAUUUUCAAGAAGCUUAGGCAUACAAGAAACUCCCCCAGUACCUAGUUUGCCUUUAUAUGCCUACAAUAGACACCUUCAGAGCAAUAUAUCAGGAGAUGAUGAGACAUAUCACUAAGGCUGGGUUAAGGAAAACGGCUACUUAACAAACCUUACAGUGCUUUUCAUGUGGCUUCCUGACCACAUGUCGUCGUCCUGACCAGUUCACAGUUACUGGUCAGGAGUGGGCUUUCUGUACCUUCCUCCCAAACUAUCCUUGGAAUGGAGGAAUAUUGUGGGAAGAACCAUCCAAGAGUUGGAGUCUGGGCUGAAAUGGUGGUUGUUAUGUUAGUAUAGUUCUUCUGCAAGAAUCCUACCUAUUGCAGGGGUGGUGUGUCCUGUUUCACCUCAUGAGGAGAAAUGGAAAGUUCUGCUUUGCCACUCCUGCCGCCACCUGCCCUGCGGCCUCCACUGCUGAUGCAGAAGUGGCACCGCCAUCAGUGCCAAUUUGGGGCAAGAUCAUGCCGAUUUGGGGGUGAAAUCUCACCCCAAAUGGACACGGUCUUGCCCAAAAUCAGUGCAGCUGUGGCACCGACAGAUGUGCUGCCUGGGGGGCUUCUGACACUGAAGUAGUGGCAUUACCCCGUCUAAUUAUCGGGGCGGCUCUGCACCUAUGUGGCUGUGUUGUGGCUACAUUCCUAGGUUGGCACAGGGGAAAGACACAGGAAAAGAUAUCCCAUGCCAAGACAAGAAUAGUGGGAAUUCAGCCACUGUAAUAGCCUGUCAACUAGUAGGGAUGGUUUGCACCACACAUCUGCUAGCACCUAAUUAGAAAUAUAGGGAAGCACCAGGGACGUUGAAUUCUUACCAGUUGAUAGUGGGUUACAGGCUGCUAUCUUACAAAGCAGUUACAUGUACACUUUUCUGAUGCUGUAUUCAACCACCGACUGAAGGCACAGUCCCUAGGUAAGGCUAAGUACCGCUGGGGUUGUGAUAUUUGUGCUAAUUGGCAGUGGGUCUUGGUGUGUGUGGGUGUUGCAAAUAUUCGUCAUCAGCCACACAUCAUGGGAAAUACAGUUAUUGGCCAAACAUUCCUAGCUCGAGUUUUGUGUAAAGAAUAACAACCAUGGCGAUGCUAUUCAAGCAUCUGUUGAAUGAUGGAAGUUCUAUACAAAAGAAUGUUGUAAUAUUUUGUGUGGCUGUCAGCGCACACGCGUUAAAAUAACUUCCCUUUCCUCUUUAGUAAGCAUUUAAUCGCAAUGUUUUGCCAACGUUGAUACAUAGAAAAUUCUCUCUGGUCAAGUUAUCAAUGCAUUGUUUGCAUUUAUUGUGCCUUACUGGAUUUCAAGCCAAACUUAUUUGAAAAUACAAUCAUUUUAAAUCCA